AUGCUCCGGUUUAUUUCCAGGUCUCUUGCCUUCUGGAGGAGGGCGGACUCGUCGGAGGCCGAGAGGGCGCAGCCUCUGAGGCUCCUGGAAGGAGACACCAAGUUAAAAACUGUGCAGGGAGUCGUGACAAAGUUCUGUAGUGACUAUGGCUUGAUCAAUGAGUUGAUCUACUUCAGUAGUGAUGUUGUAACUGGCAACGGGCUUCUGAAAGUUGGGCAAAAGGUUACUGCAGUUGUGAAGGAAGAUAAAACAUCUCAUGGAUUGAAAGCAAUCAGAGUGGAUGCUUUCUGUGAUAAUUGCCAUGGUGAUGGACUGCCAGACUCCUGUACUAGAGUUUCACUUGGCUGUAUUAACUCUCUGAUGGAAGAUGUUGACUACAUUCAUCACACAAGUUACUUCUCUCUACACGUUGUUUGUAAAGGUUUUGAGCCUUAUCAGGGUGACCGAGUAGAAGUUGAGUUUUCCAUCCAUCCAGACACGCGGAGCAGAAAGGCCCUCUCAUGGAGACUGAACAUGAGUGAGAAAUACAGUUUGCACAAAGUCUGCAUUACUAGCCUACAGGGAAGAAAUGGGGUGGUAGAUGAUACUAUCUUUUUCACCCUGGAUUCUCUGAAACUUCCUGAUGGCUAUAUACCUCAAGUAUCUGACGUUGUCGAUGCGGUCGUGGUGGAGAGCACUCAGUCCUGCUAUGUUUGCAGAGCAAUUCCUAUGACUCUAGUGAAAAGGGGCAAACUCCAGAAUCUGUCUGCUUUCACAGGGCUGGCCCAGCAGUACUUUACUUUGAACAUUUUGCCUCAGGGCUAUGUUGACUCUGAGGCCUUUGCCACCAUUUUGAAUGCAGGGUCCUUGAUCAUCUCACCCUCCUCAGUGCAGCACCUGGUCUCCCUGACUGGAUGA